AUGGAAGGAACUCCAAUAUCAAGCGAGAUAAAGCACAACCCAUUCUUCUACCGUGCUAUUGUCACAACAUACAUAAUGCCUUUACCCCUUGAAGCCACAGUAUCUGAUGUGGUUCUUCCUGUAGUGGACAUUUCCAAACUCCCAAGAAACUUGAAUGCUCAGGAACUAAACCAACUUCGAUAUCAUCCCGACCUCGCCAAACUCGGCGAGGCCUCCAAAGAAUGGGGAUUUUUCCAACUCGUAAAUCAUGGAAUUCCAGUAGAUCUUCUGCAAAAGGCUGAGAAUGGUAGCCGAAGUUUAUUAUCCAUGCCUACCGAGGUCAAAGAAAAAGCGUCAUUUGGUAAGCCACUCGUGACUGACUACCGAAAACAAAACUAUGAGUACUUUCACAUUCGAGACUCCACUAGUCCAGGUUCGUUUGAGCAAAUCGAAGCGAUGGCAGCGUACGCUUCGUGUGUCUCAGAUCUUGCACAAAAAAUCAUAAAAGUAAUUCUGGCAAGCCUGGGAUUGGAUGCCCAGUUAUUCAUUGGAAAACACGCCCAUCGGAGAGGAGGCGUUCAUCCCCCAUACAGAUUCGGGGUGCAUCACAAUUCUUUACCAAGAUGGUGUGGGAGGUCUUCAGAUUUGAUCUCGGGAGGGCGUGUGGCGUGGACCAACAGCCGGUACCGCAGCGCAGAGCAUCGUGUUGUAUGUAAAGGUUGGAGAGAUCGUAUGUCAAUUGCCUUGUUUAGUUAUUUUCCUCAAGAGACGGAAAUCUGGGCGCCUGAGGAGCUUGUGGAAGACAACAAUCCAAGGCGUUACAAGCCUUUCAUAUUGUCACACUUAAUGCGUGAAAAAAUGAGUAACAGAGAAUACAAUGCAGCAACUAGGGCUCUCGAACGAUUCGCGAAUUGUUUGGUUGUUUUUAGCAACGAAAUCUAA